AUGUUCGGUAUCGGCCCUAUGCUGCCGGUCAUACCAGCUGCAGAAAAGGGCGGCCGCUCCUCCAAGAAAGUGCAGAAGUGCAAUUCCAAGCAAAACCCUGGCGCAAAAAGCCACGAGCUCACCAUAAUGCGACGCCCGUCAACGACCAGGACUGAGAGCACUCUCUUCGAUGACAACGACGACUACGCAGUGCAAGAUCCUGCUUCCACGUCACAUCACCAGCGCAACCUCUCACUUAUAGUGGACUUUGACCUUGACUAUGCAGCGGCGCAACUCAAGCUUGGCGAGAUCUCGGAUCUCGAACUUGCGCUCUUUGCGUUCUGGAUCAAAGCCAAGUAUGACAAUUAUCUCAUGGCCAAAGAGCUCGUUCGAGAAUUGGCGCUCGAUCAGGGCUACAAUGUGGACAAGAUCACCAACCCACGUAUACGCAAACUCCUUCAGGAAGUGCACGACAUUCGCCCAAGGGAUCCGCGACACGCCAGACCAUUGGAAGGUCCAUUCCUCGGCCAGACACGGAGCUCAGGCAUGAGAACGAGUGGUAGCACCCGCGUUGUCAGCUCACCUUUGACUGCUCGGAUGGACACGCUUCCCCCUUCACUGCGGCUAAAGCGAGAGCUCGCCGUGCAAGAAGCCGCUCGAUCUACAAUGACGUCGAACGACGUUGCCGACUACCCGCCGAACACCCCUGAUCGUCCGGCACCACUGAGCGUGAAAUCACGAGGCUCACAGGCCAGUAAGUCGACACCUAUGCCGACCAGCAUCCUGCGUUCAAUCUCUACACCCAUUCGUGCUCAGCGUAAAAGUUACUUGGAUCCGGUACCUCAGAGAGACUCCAUAGUCAAGAUUGAUGGUAGCGAGGCUCUGGGUCGUCUCUCCUUCACUGCUGCCAAGCACUCACGUCGAAGCACGAGUGACGUCUUUGACGCUGCCCAGAACGUCAAUCAGAGUCAUAGCAAUGCUUUCACUGAUAGACUGCAAAACUCUGAAGACAGACGUUACGGUACGCCUGGGAGAUACAUGCACCGAGAUUCUGGUGGGCCCGCAUUAGGCCCAUACCAGCUCGACGCUUCGGACAUUGCGUCGGUGUCAAGCUACGGAACAUUCACGAGUCUCAUGCAGAAGAACAAGAAUCGGACCAGCACAGAUGUAGCAUGUGAUGGAGGAGUCAUCGGAGACCAGUCUUUUGAUGCCCUCGAGUCUUAUGUCGGUUCUGAAGAUGAGGAUGAAGGGUCCGUCCUGGAAUCAGCCUCGAUCAGUGACGAAGAGAACCCGACAAAGUACCACUUCGCUGGCCAAGCACUACCUUCUCAACCGUUUAUCACAGGCCCAGUACCAAGAUCUUCGGAACAUCGUGCUGCUGUGAAGGCUCGUCGCAAGAACCAGGCACUGAGUGUCUCCUCACAGGCAAUCAACUUCCACCGCCCACUGCCUCUGCGGAGCUAUGAGAGCGAAGCAACUAUGUUCGUCACCACUGGUUCGCAGGCAAACUCGGGCCACAACCGAUCGAAGUCGGUCACUAGCAUGAUCGCCAGUAGACGGCCCGCAAUGGAGACUAUGGCCCUCCCAUCUCUAGCAUGCUCCGUUCAAGAACGCACGAGUCUUGAUGACAUUGAGCAAGAGUUCUACGGGAGUGACAUCUCACAAAUCAAGAUAUCGGAGCAGGUGGACCGAGACACAGCGUCGGUCUCGCAACGCUCUUCGAGUGCAUCUACGCUGGCAGCAUUUCCAAUACCUCCUAUGAAUAACCCUGUUGGCGAGCUUCCUAUGCUGGUUUCGCGCGCCGUCUCAUCGCCUGGGUCUUUACAAACGACAGCUUUACAGCACCCAAUAGCAUCUGCAUCGCUCGAAGAUACUUAUCGUGCUAUCGUCAGAGUCGCCAUGACAGGGGUACUCAAGCGCACUCGAGUCCGAGGCGAAGGACUACAGGCUGUGGACUGGGAAAAGUUGACAAGUUUUGAGCGAGCCUGGCGGGAGAUGAACGCGUUCCUACUGGUGACUAUCUACGGAAGGCUGAACGUCGCCUUGGAUGAGACUGAUAUCAAUUACAUCGACAGCAUUGCGCAGGAGCUUCGCAAUGAGUUGAACAAUCUUGAAUCUACAGAUUGGGUUCGCCGCAUGUUCGAGGCGGAUGCUUUGGCGUCUUCUCAACAAUAG